AAACAGGCAGUGAACUCAAAACUCACAGUUUUGGCGACUUUUGGAAAGCAUCUGUUCCUAGGGGUUACUGGGGCAACUUGUUCGCCCGUAUAAAUGUCUACUUCAGUAAAAGCGGCCAUUCCUUAGCAACCAACCGGGCCCUCAACAUCUCUAAGCAUGGGUCCAAAGUACGCACUUGUUCUUUGCCUGCUUUGUCUUGUGAGUGUUCUGUGCGUAGACGCACAAAGAGAUAGCAGACGUAGAUCUGGAAGACGAAAGCCCACAACCGAAAGUCCACCACCUGCAGAAGAACCUGAAAAUGAAACUAUUCCCCAAAAGGUAGAUGCAGAGCCAGAAGAAGUUGCUAAGCCAGAAAAAGUCCAACCUCUUGAGGCUGAAACAAAUGCCCCAACUGCUGCGAAAGAGGCUGAAAAAUCUGGAGGUCCACCUUUCAUUGUUCCUCGAGGUACUCGGAAACCUCGUCCUAUGCAUGUGAGAAAUAGUGGAGAAAAUAAACCAAGACCAACUUUACCCACAUUUUCUCGCAAGCCUGCAAGAAUGCCCAAGCCAGAUCGAAACGAAAAGAAAACUGAUGAGAAUCAGGUUGGUUCCUCUUCAACAACCACCACAACUCCAAAGCCAUCAAGAAAUUAUCGUAGACGAAACAACUCCCAAAAUUCCGACAAAGCUCCCGCAAAUGCAGAGAAGUCAUCACCAGCUGCUGAAAACACAGAAACAGUGACCGAAGAAGCUGCACCAAAAAAGAGAUUUGGAGGAGGGGGCAGCCGAAGAAAUUCCCGAGGGGGUAGCCGAAGAACCAAUGCAGCUGCUGCUGAAACAUAAAACUUUGAACUUAACUGUACAGUCAGUUUUUAUUUUGAACUUAUAGUGCUUGUGGCAGUUUGCUAGGUAGAAUAGCAAAGAGAAUUAAUCGCUAUGAGUGGAAAAUGCUUCAAGUGCCUUUAAACCUUUCAACAUCAUCUGAUAUCUGAGGGGUUUAUAAACUUUUUGAGUUAUGUUUCUUUUCAGAAAAAUCAAUGCCUAUAGAAUGAAUUCCUUUAUUUCCUUCCAUUUAAAGAUCUCACAAAGGGCAAGAUUUUUACUCAAAAAGUUUUUUACCUUUCAUAUGCAAUAUUAAUUUUACUUCAAAAGGAAAAAAACCUUUUAAUAACUGAAAAAAAUUAUCCAGUAUCUCAUAGUUUUAACUAUUCUUUUAUUUCAUUGGAAUAUUUUUUAUUUGACUUAACAUAUUAAUGAUUAUGCACCGAUUUGCUAUGAAUUUCUCUACCUCACCACUUGAUAUUAUUGAUAAAGGUUUUUUUUUCUGUACUUUGUUAUUCGAAUUACAAUUUUUUUUUUUUUUUUUACUUUGUUGUUCGAAUCGCAAUUAAAAAAUCUGUUAUAUGCUAGUAAUGAAACUUACCAAAUCCAGUAAUAUUCUUCCAGUUAAAAAUCGCUUGACAUUGUAACUGUCACAACUUACAAGAAAUGUAUAAAAAGGAUAUCAAUAUUAAGUUUAUAUAAUUUUAUUUACUCAUCCAUAGUCGAUUGCUACAGAUAAAACAUUUCAAACUAAUACGAAAAGAAGUUGUUUUACACUUUGUGAUAAUUUUUUUUUCUGAAAAUAUAUAAAAGUACACGAAUUUCUUAUUAAAUACCGAUUUCCACUUUCCAUCGUUUUCUUUUAUGCCAUACAUAAACAAUCAUUCAACCUGUUUUCACCAGAAACCUUUUAUUGUCAAAAUAUUUUGAAUUGGAAGUUGGUAAUUUUAACUUGUUGAUUUAUGCUCUGAUACAAUGACUGUGAUAAUUCAUAUAAAAUCCUGAUUUAACAUGAAAUUUAAACAUGCUUUCAAAUAAACAUUUCAUCCCCAUUGA